AAACCUUGAGUGCCAGGAAACCCUCUUGUAACAUGUUGAUGUCCCGCAUCUUAAGCAUCAGCGGAAUGAUUCCAUGUCCCAUGGGCGCCAUCCACCCAAUGGUGAUCGGCGUUUCAUAUUAUAGCGCCGUUCUCAUCUUCUGCUGAUUGGGUAGCCCGCAGCCCUCAUUGUUCACUAGUAGCAAAGUCUAGUAACAACUGCUUGCGAGAUGCUGCGCCAUGUCAGCUUCCUUUGUCUAGUAUGCUUUCCCUCACAUUUCUUUAUCUUACGGCUCUUUGCCGUUGCAGGCCCUCGCGUCCUGUUCUUUUACUCUACUUCUGCUCGCUCCUGGAAUUGCACGACUAUCAUGGACUAUAGCAUGAAAACGAGCAUCCCACUCCUUUGACUCAUAGAUCGACUUCAUUGGUCUCAUUGCGUCUACUUUUGGCUUUUAAUAUUGCGGUAGGUUACAUCUAAUAUGAGACUCAGAUGUCUUCUAUGUUCCAUCCCUGAUUCAGUUUGGUUGUCGGCACUACCGCACAUAUGGAUCCUGUUCCCCUCGCCAAAUCUGAUUUCUGUCAUUUUUCCCCUGUCGUGUGUAUGUAUAUGUUGAUCGUCAUUCUCAGAUGUACUUAGGGUUGUGUAUUAGGACCGACAACUCUCAAGGAAAACCAAGUUGAUUUACUUCCAUCGCAAAUAUUCAGGCAUGGACCAUCCCAUGGUUGUCAUUUUGAGAGACCUUAUUGCUGGACCGUCCAAUUUGCACGCCCAUGAUCGGGCCCGACAACAACCAGACUGCGGUGUUUCGUGUGAUGUAUGGCCGAACAAACGAUUUCUUUGGGACGCUUCAGGACCGUUUAUAGGACCUGAGACUACAUUAAAUACCGAGAACUUCCCGGCUACAGCCCAGGCGGCACAGACUGCCAUGGCGUCUGCAGAAUCGAGCGAGACCACCUUUCAGAGGGAAGUCAACCCUGAGCCUGAUUAUGUGGAAUCAUUGGCGACGAUCACAUCGUCGCUGCAAUCAGAAGCAACAUCUCUACAACGUGUACCACCGAUGGACAGCAAGCCUACAGGUCUCCAAAUUUCACCGGUUGUCACUGUACCUCCGUGGAGUUCGGUAUCCUCUUUAACAACUACCACUAGAUUAGCUACACAACUUGAAACAACAUCCACAGCAGCUCCAACCACCACCCAAUCCGCACUUGGACAAGAAAGUAACGGUGGUGGCGAUGGCAUCAGCACCAAAACAACAAUCGCCAUUGUCGUACCCGUUUCCGUCGUCGGGCUUGCUCUCUUCGCAGGACUUCUGUUCUUCUUCUUAAAGCGACGUCGCCGAGAGAGAAACAUCGCCUCCACGAGUAACCCAUCCUUGGUACACACAAUCCCCAAACGAGAACCUUCUUGGGGGGAUUUUGGAUCAACCCCGAGAGAGAGAACCUCUUUCGGAACUAUGGCACAACGACCCAUACCACAUAGCCAUACACUCACACCGGACACCCAGUCUCUAAACCGAGAGGUACGCCCGCCACCAUCGGCAGACAGCCGCAACGGCGUCCGAGGUCGCUUCACCGAACAGGUCCACUCAAUAUACGCACCUGAUGGAAGUCCAAUGGCCUUAACCGCAGAAAACAUGAGCCACCACGAACAACACACACCUCGAUCUCCGGCAUGGCCUCUAUCACCAUUCGGAGAUCCGAUCAAUAUAAAUAACAACAAUGAUGAUGCGGCAUCGGCCAUUUCGAGGCUCAGUGAUAGACCGGGUGCGACGCAGAACCGGGAUAUGGAUGAUGUAUCGUCUAUCUCGUCGAUAGAUGACAAUGAACGGAGGCGAAAUACCCGGCCGUAAGGCUUCGUGGAUGCGGAGAUGUGUGUUUGGGAUAUUGAUUGUUUGGCGUCAUGGUCUUGCUCUUGGCCCUUUGAGCUUCUUCAUAUACUAUAUACUCUUACUUAUACUCCUGUGUACUGUACAUUGAUCUACGUUCUCUAUACCUGAAGCAGAGAACUCCAUUUAGCCAUUGCAUUUAUCUUACCCUUGGCAAAACAA